AUGGGUCUCGCCGACUUUUUCUCCGACGUUUACUCCUCCUUCGGUUUCACCGAGGUCGAGGCUGAGGCUCCCGCCGCCGACGUUGAGUCCUCCACCCCCCAGGACGAGCCCGCCGAGAAGACCGAGGAGUCCGAGCCCGCUGAGGAGACCCCCGCUGAGGAGUCCUCUGAGGAGUCCGCUGAAGAGCCUGCCGAGGAGGAGGAGGCCGAGGCCGAGGCUGAGGAGGAAGAGGAGGAGGAAGAAGAGGAGGAGGAGGAGGAGGAGGAGCCUGAGGACAUCAAGCCUAAGCUUGAGGAGGAGUGCGCCCACUCCGCUCAGUGCGCCCCCUACAAGCACCACUUUGACGAGUGCAUCGAGCGCGUCACCCGCCAGGAGGAGGAUGAGGACUUCAAGGGUCCCAAGGAGGACUGUGUUGAGGAGUUCUUCCACCUCACCCACUGUGCCACCGCCUGUGCCGCCCCCAAGCUCUGGCGCGAGCUUAAGUAA